AUGAUGCUCGACAGCGUGAGCCCGACGACACUGUUCGGCGAGGAUGACAACCAAACCAUGCCUCAUGGAAAAGCACUCAUCCCCUAUACACCCAUCAGUCCUGCCUUUGCGCAGGCCGUGUUUGAUCUCCCCGGUCAUCAUUAUUCAAUCUUUGCUGCCGACAAUGUAAGUUUUGACCUGGCCCUUGUCCUCAUCACGGCUGAACUAAACGUCGUGUUCUGCAUUCCCAAGGUUGCUGAGCUCUCGCGUCAGAUGAGGCGGGCUCUGGAUAUUUUUCAAUAA